UGUGUCAAACCAAAAGCCCUAGAGAGAGGACCAGUGGUAAUAAAUAAAUCAAAUCAAGUAAAAACUUAUAUUACCUCUCAUCAAUUACAACCUCUGCUUUUGGCGGCACAACUUCACAACCCCUUUCUGUCUUUCCAUUUUCUUGGAACCGCAAGCAAUGGGGGCUUACAGCAACGACGGCGUUUUGUUGUCUCCGGUAUACAGUUUGAGUUCCGGCCAAGACCCCCGGUUCUCUAAGUACGUCCACGACAAUGUCCACGGCAGCAUUGACCUCGAUCCGCUUUCAUUGAAGUUUAUUGAUACUGAGGAAUUUCAAAGGCUUCGAGACCUGAAACAACUUGGAGUGACAAACUCAGUUUUUCCUGGGGCUGUGCAUUCCCGCUUUGGGCAUUCACUUGGUGUCUACUGGCUUGCUGGUGAAGCUGUUCAGAGGCUAAAAAAUUAUCAAGGUCUCGAACUUGAUAUUGACCGCUUUGAUCUCCAGACAGUAAAAAUUGCAGGUCUAUUGCAUGAUGUUGGCCAUGGGCCUUUCAGUCACCUGUUUGAACGCGAGUUUCUUCCACGGGUUCAGAGUGGCUCCCAUUGGUCUCAUGAGGAUAUGUCGGUUAAGAUGAUAGACCACAUUGUUAAUCAGCAUCAUAUUGAAAUUGACUCUGAGAUGAUUAAAAGAGUUAAGGAGAUGAUACUUGCUUCUGAAACUGCCAUGCCAAUUAGAUCCAGGGAGAAGCCUUUUCUGUAUGAAAUUGUGGCAAAUGGCCGUAACGGUAUUGAUGUGGACAAGUUUGAUUAUAUUGUGCGUGAUAGUCGAGCCUGUGGGCUGGGAUGCAACUUUGAGUUUAAAAGAUUAAUGGAAACAAUGCGGGUUUUGGAUGAUGAGAUCUGCUACCGUUAUAAAGAGCGUCGUACUGUCCACAAAUUAUUUGCUACUCGAGCGGAUUUGUAUCAAACUGUUUAUACACAUCCAAAAGUAAAGGCGAUAGAGCUUAUGGUGGUGGAUGCCCUUGUAAAAGCAAAUGAUUAUCUACAGAUAUCAUCUCAUAUUGAGGAUCCAGCUGAAUAUUGGAAGUUAGAUGACUCAAUAAUUAAAACCAUUGAGACAGCUCCGAAUGAAGAGCUAAAGGAAUCUAGGGACUUGAUCCUGCGCAUCAGGAGGAGGAAUCUCUAUCAGUUCUGCAAUGAGUAUACCGUACCAAAGGAGCAAAUGGAACAUUUCAAAAACGUCACUGCUCAAGAUAUUGUUUGUUCUCAGAGAAAUGGAGGCAUUAUAUUGAAAGAGGAAGAUGUUGCUGUUACCAAUGUCAGGAUUGAUUUGUCUCGUGGAAGUCAAAAUCCCCUUCUAAGUGUCAACUUUUUCCAGGACUAUGACAGUAUGGUGAAAUUCCCAAUAAGUGAUGAUCAAAUUAGCCACUUGCUGCCUGCAUCGUAUCAGGAUUUGAUAGUGAGGGUCUAUUCGAAAAAGCCUGAGCUGGUUGGGCCGAUCUCUGAGGCUUUUGAAAUCUUCCAGUUAAAAACAUAUGGGAUCAAGGCACAAAUAUGUCCCACGCCAGAGAAAAAGAAACGCCCUCGUGGUUUCUAACCGUAGAAGCGUCAUUGGUUGGAUGAUACAUCUGUUCAUACAACUUAUCAUGGCAAAUAUUACUCGGCCAGGUUAGAUAUAUAUAUAUAUAUAUAUAUAUAUAUAUAUAUAUAUUGUAUAGGUGAUGUCCAGUCCCUGACUCAGUAUAUGGGAUUAUCCCCCAAAGGCGCAAGUAUUUUUUUUGGUUACAAGGCGCAGUUUUGUAAACUUAUUAUGAUGCCACAGGAUAGUUGUGAAAUGGCUUUUGGUCCCUGAUAUAAGGGAUUUGGAUCCUUAUUUGAUGCUCUAUUUCCUGGACAAAACAUGUUCAUGUCGGCAUGAAAUGUUGUCUGAAAAUAGUUGUGUAACUCACAUUGGCCAUCUGGUAAAGAUGAAUUUGAACCUGGAA